AGUCCUCUGAUGGUGUCACUCAGUCCCGACGAGCGAUCCCAGAUCCACGAAGUCCUCAUCCCAAAGAAUAUGAUCACUUUGCAAGAAUCUCUGGGGAAGGGAUAUUUUGGCGAAGUACGACGCGCUACCUGCCUUCGAGACAACAAAUGCGAGCCCUGCGCGGCCAAAACUUUGUUUGACACAGCCCCUUACACUGCUAUGGAGUCACUCCUACGGGAGGGACUACGCAUGAUCAACUUCGACCAUGAAAACGUCUUGAAGCUGAUCGGCGUCUGUGUCCAUGGCAACGAAGCAAUGAUCGUCCUGCCGUACAUGAAGAAUGGGGAUCUACGUAAAUACCUGAAGAACAAACAGACAUUACCAUUGGCGGAGAAUCUCCGACUUUGUCAACAAAUCGCCCAAGGCAUGGCGUAUCUGACAGACCAUGACAUUGUUCACAGGGACCUGGCUGCUCGAAACUGCAUGCUUGACGAUAAGUUGAAUCUUAAAGUUGCCGACUUUGGACUUUGCCGAGACGUGCAGGAGAAGGGAUACUACAGGAUACAGCACAUGGAUGUCGCGUUACCAUCGAAAUGGAUGGCACCGGAGUGUUACGAAGACCACAUAUUCGACACAAAGACUGACGUUUGGUCGUACGGUGUUGUCCUGUGGGAGAUCUUCUCCAGUGGGAAGACACCAUAUCCCGGCGUGCAUAGGUUCGUCAUAGAGUACAUACUGGAGGGUAACAGGAUGGAGCGGCCCAACAUGUGCCCUAUCACACUGUACACUGAGGUCAUGAAACAGUGCUGGCAAAAAGAUCCAAUGAAGAGGCCAUCCUUCAAGGAGAUCCUGGUUAAACUUAAACAAAUCAGCGCGUCCUCCAAACAGCGGUCUGAGACCGAGACUACAACCGUCCCCGCGUUCCAACAGCGGUCAAAAUCUGCCCCAAAUUAAAAGACUCUCUUCUGAAAUGAAAAGGACAUUAGUCAGACCACAGUGAUUUAAUUUUAUGGAUGACAUCCACGCGCGCAUUGAUUUUCGCCUGUUCUAAAUAAAGUCAUCCCCUCCGAGGCGCUGGCCUGGGUGCCAUUCCUCCGUAGCCUUUGGUAACUAGC